CUGCGAUUUUUGAGGGCCGAGGCGGAGAACCUGGACCCACGCGGGUGUCUGGAGCCUGGCCCCGACCCAUGGCCUCCCUUUUUCCUGGGCUUCCUGGAACCAGUCGCUCUUGGGCACUGGUCUGGCAAAAGUCCUAGACCUACAGUUGGACGUAUAAAGCUGCUGAGAGCAGAUUCGGUUGGGCCCUGAGAUUUGACUCCCAAGGCAAUGUUACAGAAGACAGUGCUCUUCCUGGCCCUGGUGGCACCAGUGCUGCUGCUGGAUAAUGGGCUCCUGCGGACGCCGCCCAUGGGCUGGCUCUCCUGGGAACGCUUCCGCUGCAACAUCAACUGUGAGGAGGACCCAAAGAACUGCAUCAGUGAACGGCUCUUCAUGGAGAUGGCUGACCGGCUGGCCCAGGAUGGGUGGCGGGAUCUUGGCUAUGUAUACCUCAACAUUGAUGACUGCUGGAUUGGUGGGCGUGAUGCCCAAGGCCGCCUGAUGCCUGACCUCAAGCGCUUCCCUCACGGGAUUGCCUUUCUGGCUGACUAUGCUCAUUCCCUGGGUCUGAAGCUAGGCAUCUAUGAAGACUUAGGCAAAAUGACCUGCAUGGGUUACCCUGGCACAACGCUAGACAAAGUGGAGAUGGACGCCAAAACCUUUGCCGAGUGGAAGGUGGACAUGCUGAAGCUAGAUGGCUGUUUCUCAUCUGCCAAAGAGCGCGCAAAGGGCUACCCCAUGAUGGCUGCUGCCCUGAAUGCCACAGGCCGUCCUAUCGCCUUUUCUUGCAGCUGGCCAGCCUACGAAGGGGGCCUACCCCCCAAGGUGAACUACACUCUGAUUGCCAGCAUCUGCAAUCUCUGGCGCAACUAUAACGAUAUCCAGGACUCCUGGAAGAGUGUGCUGUCCAUCCUGGACUGGUUUGUGGAGCACCAGGACAUACUGCAGCCAGUGUCAGGUCCCGGGCGCUGGAAUGACCCAGACAUGCUGCUCGUUGGGAACUUUGGCCUCAGCUUUGAUGAAUCCCGGGCCCAGAUGGCCCUGUGGACAAUACUGGCAGCCCCCCUCUUCAUGUCCACGGACCUGCGUACCAUCUCCCCCCAGAACAUAGACAUUCUGCAGAAUCCACUCAUGAUCAAAAUCAAUCAGGACCCCUUAGGCAUCCAGGGUCGCAGGAUCUUCAAGAGUAAAUCUCAAAUUGAAGUGUUCAAGCGGCCUCUGUCUAACGAUGCCAGCGCCCUGGUCUUCUUCAGCCGCAGGGUAGACAUGCCUUACUUCUUCCAUUGCUCCCUCUUGCAACUGAACUUCCCCAGAUACAGAGUGUAUGAGGUGAGUGUCCCGCUGUACACAGGCCCUGGCCCAGUCCUCUGGCAUCCAGGUGGCCCUGCUUCACAUAUGGUGUCCCCUGUACCUUGGAGCCCUAGAUGGCUCCUGGGGUGGGGAGGGCAGCUAGAGGCACCGAACGCUCGGCACCCAACCGAUGGUGCAAGGGCUGACCCACUCUUCGCACUGCCCUCUUCCCGCGGCCUUCCCUCUGAGGAUGCCCGAGCCCAGCCAGCUGCUCCGCGACGGCGCGCGAACGCGCCCGGGAAGGGCGGGAAAGUCCUCGAUUCGCCGAGCGCUUCCUAG